CUGUUCAAGUGAAUCUAGCUGAACCCGAGACAGGGCAAAAACAAGGUGCAUAUUUUUCUGCCGUCGCGAAUCGGAUUCACACCCAAGCUUCGAAAACAUGGCCGGGGCAUCUCUCUCCGAGCUAUGCACGAUCUGCCACACCAACCUCCCCAAGUACACCUGUCCACGCUGCUCAACCCGCACCUGCUCACUACCUUGCUCCAAGCGCCACAAGCUCUGGUCGCAGUGCUCCGGCGUCCGCGAUCCAGCGGCCUAUCUCAAGCGCAAAGAACUCGCAACGCCCGCCGCUUUCGACAAGGAUUUCAACUUCAUCACCGGGAUCGAGCGCUGCCUGGAACGCGCGGAUCGAGAUGCAGAGAAUCGAGGGAUCAUGCUGGAAGAUGAAGAGAGGAGCAAGAAGAAGAGACGGACGGGGGAGUUUACAAAGGGAGAGGCAUUGCUGAGGCGCAUCGAAGAGAGUGGGGUGGAUGUGAUAAGAGCGCCGAAGGGGAUGUCGAGAAGUAGGCAGAAUAUGUCGCAGUGGCAUAAGAAGCAUAAGUGCGUGAAUUGGACAGUAGAGUGGAUCUUCCCGGACGGGCAAAAGACGAUUACUAGAUGUCUUGAGACGAUCACGAUUGGGACUGCUUUUUCGAGGACCCCUUACGCGAAGGAGCAUGACCUCGUUGAAAAAGAGCAGACAAGCAAAGCCGAGCCCAUGCGAUCAAUUCCAAGUUCAGAUUCAAAAGAAGAACCCGAGCCACGACCCGAGCUUGACGCUGGGAAAGAGAUCACUGGAGAAGCUUCUCGCGAUGGGGGAGAGCGUUCUCGUACCCUCACACCCGAGAAAUCUCUACCUCUUACCGGACAAUCAAACCCGGAACAACUGUCCACGAAGACUGAGGAUCAAAAUACCAGUACGAAUGAGAAGGGUACACCGAAAAUCAGCCCCGAAAUUCACCUUUACCUCCACCGGCCCCGAACGCGCGCCAAUAUACCAGUUCUCGCCCCCCUCCCUGCAUCAGUGACUUUAUCCGAAGCUCUCAGAGGCAGGAAGGUCCUUGAAUUUCCAACACUAUACGCCUUAUCUCUCCCUCCCGAUCAGCUCGCUGGUGGAGAAUAUAUGCUUGAAGCAGACUAUCUGGCGCAAUACGGAGCGGAGGAGAAAAUGGCAGAAGAGCAAGGGAACAGUGACGGUCAAGUGGUCGGCCAAUAUAUGGCGGAUGAAGCCCAGAAGCUGGAAAAUGUCGACGAGUCCAAGGUCUUGGAAGUUUUGAAUAAAGAUCUAGGUGGCGAAGAGUGACCAUUGUUAUGUCGCUGAGUCCAUCACUGUCUGAUUAUGAUGGUAUGGCUUGCGACAUAUGAUGUUGGCUCUGUGACUACCUCUGCAUUCUAUACCCUGCUUUUGUCCCAUCUUGGCAAAAGGGUUGGAUCGGGUAAUAGUUCACGAAUGCCUAAUGGCGAGCUUCCAUGAGGGUAAAGAAUGCCAAAUUUGCAACUUCUGCCCUUUAUCUAAAGUUUUACUAUUUAUAAUAGUUAUCAUAAAUUCUCAGCACGUUCGAUUGAGGCUCAAUGCAAUCCAAGGAUAUAUAUGAUGUAA